AUGGCCAAGACCCUUAGUGACCAUCUGCUGAACACUCUGGAGGAGCUAGUGCCCUACGACUUUGAGAAGUUCAAAUUCAAACUUCAGAACACCAGCCUGGAGAAGGAACACUGCAGGAUCCCUCGGGGCCAUCUCCAGAUGGCCAGGCCGGUGAAGCUGGCCACCCUGCUGAUCAACUACUAUGGAGAAGAGUAUGCUGUGAGGCUGACCCUGCACACGCUGAGGGCCAUCAACCAGCGCCUCCUAGCAGAGGAGCUCCACAAGGCCACAGGUUCAGAACACUCAACACAAGAAAAAGAAACCGACAUUUCCACGGGGUCACCUCGAGAGACUAAGCCCAGGAAUGGGAAAGUACCUGAUGCCUCCGAAGGUGAUGGGCAGGGACAGAGCAGCGACGGAUCAGCCAACCUGCCGGCCAGCCAGCCUGAGGUGGGGAAGGGACCCCAGAAGAAGCCUCCAGGCCGACGGAGAGAUCAGAAGGGCGCCGAGGCCCUGGACGCUCAGAGCAAGCUGUGGGCCCGGGGCUCGGCGCCCCUGUCCCGGAGCCCCAUCCAGUCGCCCGGGGCCAAGGAGCGCAAGGCGAGCGCCCAGCUGCGCAGGAAUGCCAGCUCGGCAGGGAGGCUGCAGGGGCUCUGCAGCGGCUCCCUGGGGAGGAGAGAGGGCAAGAAAUCAGAAGCCUAUUUGCCCUCAGGGAAGAAGAGACCCAAAAGUCUCGAAAUUACCAUUCCCCCAGGAGAUGAGGACCCUCCAAAUCCAGAAGCACUUCAGACUCAAGAGAAAGCAAGGCUGGGGAAGCUUGGCACCGGGGCGCCCGCUAGGGGAGGGGCUCCUCCAGAUGGCGGGGCCCCCGUGGCGCUGGAGAAAGGCUCCGGAUUCUUGGUUGGGGAAACACUCAGGAACACACUUCCCAGUGCCUCACUGUCUGGAGAGGGAAAGUGCACUACACCCCGGGAGGAAGAUGGAGUUAGGGGCCCAGAGAUCUCUGAGACCUCCGGGAAGACGGCCGGCAGUGUACCCCACGAGUUCCCAAACCCAGAAGGCUUGUUUUUGUUGCCAUAUGGGAAACAAACGGGGCAUCUGGAAGACCCAGCAUCCUUGGGAUUGAUGGCUUCUAAAGGGAGGCCACAGGAUGAGGCUGUGUGUGCUGUUUGCCACCGCCAGCAAGGAGACCUGCGCAGCGGUGCCUUGGAGCACGUUGCUCCCGGAGACCCCAAGGCCUUGGGCAGGUGUUCGUCCAGCUGCCCCCAGUUUCAGGCCUUGCUUGCAAGGAAGAGUUCUGAACACCUGGGUCCCCAGCCCCUGCCACAGUGCCCCCGCCACAAGAAUCAGGUGCAGCUGCUCUUCUGCGAGGACCAUGGGGGGCUGAUCUGCCUCAUCUGCAGACUGAGUCAGGAGCACCGAGGCCACUGGGUGCGCCCCGUCGAGGAGGCCGCCCUGAAAUACAGGGAGCAGACCCAGAAGGAGCUGGAACAUCUGAAGGAGCUGAGAAGAUGUGGGGAGGAGCACAGACGGCAAGGGGACAAAAAGACAGAGAACUUCCUGAAACAAACUGAAACCCAGAAGCAGCGGGUCCGGUCCCAACUGGAGAAAUUGUACCAGUUUCUGGAACAACAAGAGAAGAUCUUCGUGUCUUGGCUAGAGGAGCUGGGCCAGACUAUUGGCCAGGUGCAGGAGACCUAUGACACCCGUGUAUCCCGGGACAUCACCCUCAUUAAUGAGCUGAUUGGAGAACUGGAGGCCAAGCAGGGCCAGCCAGAAUGGGAGUUCAUGCAGGACAUCGGCAGCACCUUGCACAGAGCUAAGAUGGUGACUGUCCCUGAGCCGUGGGUCACUCCUCCAGAAGUGAAGGAAAAGAUCCACCUGCUCUAUCAGAAAUCAGAGUUUGUGGAGAAGAGCAUGCAGCGUUUCUCAGAGACACUUCGGUCUGUAAUGGAAGUAUUCAAUGUGACAGAACUGACUGGUGCUCAGGCACAUGCUGUGAACGUGCUCCUGGACUCAGCCACUGCCCACCCCAACCUCAUCUUCUCUGAUGACAUGAAGAGUGUGAGACUUGGAAACAAGUGGGAGCGGCUGCCUGACAGCCCGGGAAGAUUCAAUAGUUGCAUCAUGACUCUGGGUUCUCCUACCUUUGCCUCUGGCUGCCAUUACUGGGAAGUGGAGGUUGGGGACAAGACAGCAUGGGUCCUGGGAGCAUGCAGCACGUCAGCGAGCAGGCAGGGGAGCAUAACUUUGUCACCAGAGAAUGGCUACUGGGUGGUGGUGAUGAUGAAACAGAAUGAGUACCAGGCGUCCACCUUUCCUCCAACCCGUCUGCAAAUGAUGGAGCCCCCUAAACGGGUGGGCAUCUUCCUAGACUACAUAGCUAGAGUCAUUUCCUUUUACAACGUGACAGCCAGAUCCCACAUCUACACAUUCAACAGCUUCUCUUCCUCUGGGCCCCUUCAACCUAUCUUCAGCCCUGGGGCACAUGACGGAGGGAAGAACGUGGCUCCUCUUAUCAUCUGUCCAGUUGGUGGCCAGCGCCUGGACCCACUUGGGAUGAUGCACUGGAAGCCGCAGCGCCCGACGCAGAUCUUCCUUCAGACAGACAGCCUACUUCCGGUAGCGCCUCGGCCCGGGUGGUCUCCCUGUGGCGUCUUAGAGGCGAACUACAUUUCCCAGGAUGCCCCGGCGUUCCACAGGCGGCUACGCGGGGGCGCCAGCCAUGGAGUACGGAGCCGGCCGGCCUGCUACUUCGCGGGGCAGCCGCGAGGAACGGCUGCCACAAACCUCACCGUCCCUCGGGCCCGGAAACCCCACCGUCUGGCAUCGAGCUUGGCUUGCGGAAGCCGAAAUGCGCUCGCUCCGUGCGGGGAGACCAGGCUUCCUCGCCGGAAAUAG